UCUGCUGUAACACUUGUGUACGUUGAUACGCAGGAUUUUGAAUGCAGAGCUUCUACUUGCAGUGGUUGAAGUGAUACUGAACAGGAUGUGAGUGUUAGACUUGUGUUGCAGGAUUGUACUCAGUCUGCAGGUUUGAUGAGGGAAUUAUAAACUCUGAUUGAGUGACUCACUUUUCUAUCACCAGUUUCUAAACUGUUGUCCUUGAAUGUAUUUUUCCAUCACAUCCCCUCGGGCCUCUUUCUGUUGGCCUCUCUUUACUUACUGAGUCUGAUAUACUCAUGGGCAUUUGAUGAUUUCAUUAGAACCCCCUACAGACGUGAAUGAAAGAUUCUCAGUUUAUAUUCCCUUCUUCAUUUUGAACACACGGUGCCUUCAGGGCCUCCACAGCCACAGGAAUCAUCUUACAAUCAGUCCCCGUCAUGUGACUCAUGACACUCCAGCGUCUCUGUAUAAAUAACUUCACGUUUAGCGGUGCUGCCCAACUCCAGACGAGCUGCAGGAAGACACCAGAGCAGAGCUUCAGCUUGCGCACUUUCUAGGUCCUCCUCGUCGGCUGCACAGAAACAAAUGGAGCACGUGGAAAACUCCACAGCGUCCCCCAAAGUGCUCACGCAGAGCACCGCGCACUCCCAGGCGGACACAAGCAACGGGAACGCGUUCCUGUACAUAUUAAUAGUCAUGUCUUUCUACGGAAUCUUCCUCUGUGGUAUAAUGCUGGGCUACUUCCGCUCCAAAAGGAGAGAGAAGAGGAGGACCAACAUCUUCACGCACCUCGUGCACGAGGAGGAGCAGCGGGAGUGGGGCGCGCUGCCAAAGAAACACAGCCUCACCUUUCCCGCCGCUGUCCCGGAGCUGCCCUCCGUGCAGGUGUCUCUGCCUUUCUGCAGUAACCACGGCAACCACUUCAGACACCUCCACUACGAGGCCGCGCCGCCGUCUCCGCUGGCGUGCACGCUGUGCACGGAGCAGAGCAGCAUCAGCUCCCAGUGCUCCUCCGCGGACACGCGCUUUGCCAUAGAGGAGGAGUCGGACAGCUGCGAGGCGGAGAAAUCGGAGGAGCACGUGAAGGACAGCGCGGAUGAUUCAGGCUGAACUCAGCCCAGAAAAUAAAACCCGUGUGUCCCUCCGCGGCCAAGAGGAGAAACAUCCUCUGCAGAGAAGAGCAGGAAGUUCUCAGUCCGACCUUCAGCGUCUUAAAUCAUCAUCCAUAAAACAAAGUCCCAAAACAUCCAGAGGUGGAAGAAGUGCUCUCAUCUUUUACUGAAGUGAAAGUACCCCAGUGUAGAAUAUAUAUUAUAUAUAUAUAAUAUUAUUGAAUUAUAAUUAUUGAUGCAUUAAUGUGUUCAUCACUUUAAAGCUGCAGCUGGUGAAGGAGGAGCUCGUGCACUUCACACACACCUGGUAGCUUGUGAAGCUACAGGUUAGACAAUAUUUAGUGUUUCACGUGACACACACACACACACACACACACACCUUGUUUUCCUCUUCUUUAGAUCUCAUUUUAAAUGAGGUGGUGCGAGUGAAACACAUAACUAACGGUCACUUUUAUGUUAUAUGUUGUUUUGAACUACGUGGUGGUGAUAUUAUUAAAUUCUAUAUAACUGUAUGUAUCCCUGUAAGGGCAGCUACAUGCAGCAGCUCCAGCUCAACAUACACACACAUGGAAAUAGGAAACAUGACAUUUAGAAGAAACUUGGGCUGUAAGCAGUGGAGAUAACACACACUAUUACCCCCCUCCCUGCUCACCCUCCUGACGCCACAGAAACAACUCCCUGGUCUGUGCUGAUGACUCACGCUGCAGGGACGGAGAGAGAAACGUUUCUUUGGACUGAACUCGACUCUCUCGGACCAACACGGUCUCUGAGUAAUGAAGCGCACCUGGAACCCACUUGAAAGAUUGUCUAAAGUAAAGAUGUGUUUGUUGUAGCUUCACGGUUGACGGCGUUCAGUCAGCGAUGGAGGUUUAACUCAAUGAAAGCAAUGCACUGUACAUAUUGUUCGUAUGUUUCCACUUCACGAGGCUUCAUUUCAGACGGAGUCUUUGUAGUGUUUCAGGAAAAAAUAAACGCUUAUGAUUGAA